AUCUUAUUACUUUUUGUGUCAACUUAAUCAAGUACACUUUUCCACUACUAGCUAUAAAUGCAUACACCUAUUCAUCACAUUCACAUUUUUUGCUUUACCUUUACUGUUUCUCUUUCACCUUUUUCUCUUUCUCUGUGUUUCCUCCAUUACAAACCAAGCUUCCUUUCCACCUUUCUUUUUGGUCCCACUUUCAUCUUCCUCAACCACACUACACCAAACCCUUUUCCUCUCACUUCUCUUCUUCUUCUUCUUCUUCAUAAUCAACCCAUUUUCUCUCUCUUCUUCUGCAUUUAUUUGCAUUAAAAAUAUCUUUUUUUUUGUCUGACAUUGCUUUCAUUUUUCUUUUCUCAUUGACCCUUUUGAAAAAAUUGCAUCUUUUUGUAGUUUCUGAAUUGUGUAAGGCUUUGUAGUUUUUGUUUCACGUUUUUCUUCACCUAUAUGAGUAAUUUGAGGGUUAGAAACAAUACCCUUUUGGUUUUUAUAGGUGUUGCAGGAAGAAGAUCAAAGAGGGUAACUUAGAUCAAUACAAAGAUGAGAAUGUGUUGAUUAUACUGUGAGAAGAAUUUGGAGGAUAAAGAUUGAAUUUUAGCAUUGAAUUAUGUCUUCCAACGGUUCUUUGAAAAUGGAAUUGUCGAAGAAGACUUCAUUUUUGGGUUUGAGAUUAUGGGUUUUGAUAGGAAUUGGUGUUUUUGCAUUUAUAGUUCUGAUUCUUUGUUUGUUAUCUAUAUGGAUAACGUUUUGGAGAAAAACAAGGAGGUCUGUAGACAAGUACUCGUUAUCUCAAAUACCACACGUCUCGAAGGAUAUCAAAGUUGACAGGGUUGAAGUGCAACCUUCUAACGAUCAAGUAGAUAGUGUGUCUAUUCAUGUCCACGACAACAUGACAAGCGAUAAGAAUUCGGAUAAGUUGUUUGUUCAUUUGAGUAAAUCCAGUGAUCCUGAUAAUAUCAGUCAGUGUAGUUCGAUUUAUCACCACGAGAGAGGAUUAAGUUUAAUAUCAGCAGAGGAUGGAAACUUUGGAACUGUUAAGAAGCAGUAUAUGGUAACUGCAUCUCCUCUGGUUGGCUUGUCUGAAGGUUCUCAUCUUGGAUGGGGUCAUUGGUUCACACUUAGAGAUCUCGAAUUUUCGACUAACCGCUUCUCGGCUGAGAAUGUUAUUGGUGAAGGCGGAUAUGGAGUUGUUUAUAAGGGAAGAUUGAUCAAUGGAUCUGAGGUGGCAGUGAAGCGACUUCUUAACAACUUGGGACAAGCAGAGAAAGAAUUCAGGGUUGAAGUCGAGGCUAUAGGUCAUGUCAGACAUAAAAAUCUUGUGCGCUUACUUGGAUUUUGCGUAGAAGGAGUUCACAGGUUGCUUGUGUAUGAGUAUGUGAACAAUGGUAACUUAGAACAAUGGUUACAUGGGGCAAUGAGGCAACAUGGAGUACUUACGUGGGAAGCUCGAAUGAAAGUUAUUCUCGGCACAGCGAAAGCGCUUGCUUAUUUUCAUGAAGCAAUAGAACCAAAAGUUGUUCACCGUGAUAUAAAGUCGAGCAACAUUUUAAUUGAUAGUGCGUUCAAUGCAAAGGUUUCUGAUUUUGGUUUAGCCAAACUUUUGGAUUCCGGAGAAAGUCACAUAACCACCAGAGUAAUGGGAACAUUUGGUUACGUUGCACCAGAAUAUGCUAAUACUGGCCUGUUAAACGAGAAGAGUGAUAUUUACAGCUUUGGUGUUCUCCUACUAGAAGCGAUUACCGGAAGGGACCCUGUAGACUAUACACGUCCUGCCAACGAGGUGAAUCUUGUUGAGUGGCUGAAGAUGAUGGUGGGGUCAAGGAGAACUGAGGAAGUUGUGGACUCUAGCCUUGAAGUGAAACCACCAACUCGUGCUUUAAAACGUGCCCUUCUUGUUGCAUUUAGGUGUGUUGAUCCUGAUUCAGAGAAGAGACCUAAAAUGAGUCAGGUUGUGAGGAUGCUUGAAGCUGAUGAAUAUCCAUUCAGAGAGGAUCGAAGGUAUAGAAAAAGCCGCACCGCCAGCAUAGACAUUGUGGAAUCUCUGAAGGAUAUCUCUAGUCCUUCUGAUACUGCUGAUAAGACGAAAGGUUCUGAAGAAUGCGCACAUGAGACAACUCAAGUGUAGAAUUGAGAACCACAUGACUUAACCUUGGUGUUUAAGUUGGCUUUGAGCUGAUUUCAGCAACCAAUCCAAACACCAUUAUCACAAGUUUGUGUUGAAAAAACUUUUUUGCUGCAUCUGAGAAGAGAAUUAUAUAAAAGAUGAUAGCUCAGUUGGAUGAUUAAGGAUUAAUUAAGACCAUUCAUUACACACCAUAUUUGCAAAGAGGAUGGAGUGUGUUGGUUGGUGAGUGUUAGUUUUGUACAGAUGUCUGAUGGAGAAUGGUGAUAAGAAAAAAUUGAUAUUUGGUGAAAAUUAGAUAUAAGGCUUCAUUUUUCUUGGAUUUUGUUUUAAGUUAUAUGUAUAUGCUAUAUGCUACAAAAAGGACAUUAAGUGAAGUUAUGAAUUAUGAUAUGCCUUUGUUUUAAAUUA